GAUGAAUAACAAAGGAAGUCAAUGUUUAAGUCAGGUCCAAUAAUAAUUAGGAAAGACUGAUUGUCAGGCAGAGAAAAACAGAAGACGAUAAUUCAAAGAAAAACUAAAACGAGUGUGGAUUUGCUAUGUGUGUGGGGGAGGGGGAGGAGGGGAAGUGUGUGUCUGAACAACAAGGCAGAGCAAUUUGGAGCUAGCUGGACAGACUCGGAGCCAUGGCCCGGCCGGGAGCGGUACUGCUGCUGCUCCUGGUGACGUCAGCGGCCGCGGUCCGGUACCGCUGGCUGGACCCGGUGUCCCUCCACGGUCCGGCUGUACAGAUAGUCUCUGCUGAAUCGGAGAUCGAAUGUGGUAUCCACUGCGAGGGAGCUACUCCUGAAGAGUGCAGCGGCUUCAUCUACGGACCCGAUGACGGCGCGUGCCGGCUGUUCUCUGGCUACUGCCGCGGUCCGGCCAUCAACAGCUCCCAACAGACCACCGAACGCUUUUGGGCCCGUCCCAUAUGCACAGUCAACACAUCCGAGCCCUGCGCCUGUCCGGCCGGCUUCAGCCGCUGUGCCGGCCGCUGUCUGAAGAAAUUGGACCACAAAGUCAACUACACCGAGGCGGAGAACCAGUGCGCCGCGCUGGGCGCCCACCUGGCCGUGCCCCGCUCCAACGAGGAGAACCAGUGCGCCAAGUCCAUCGCAGGAAACUCUUCAGUCUGGCUGGGGUUAAACGACGUGGCUACAGAAAACCAGUUCGUUGGCGACGACGGCUGCGGCACCGUGCCUUCCGACAGCCCCUUCUGGGCCAGAAGACAGCCUAAUAACCAGAACGGCCAAAGCCACGUUGCCUUAGUACGACCAGAUAUACCAGCCCUUCAACUGGGAUGGCAUGACUUCUUACCAAGUCAUCCGGUGUCCCCUCUCUGUCAGCUUGCCAACUGCUUUGAUGGCAGUUGCCCCUGAAUAACUACCGAAAUCAUUUCACUUGAUCUUUAGCGAGGAAAUUCACAAUUCACAAGUGAAUUACGCUACUGUAAAUCAGAAAUGCAAACCGCCCACAGACGACGGUAGUUCUGAUUAUUGAGUUCCAGGCACUUUUACAUGCACAGCAGCAUAGCACCGGAGUGCACUGCGAGUGACAUUGUCAUCCGUAUUCCAGUCCGCAUUCAUCCAAUGCGUUUGCACAGUGACAAAAUACGCUGAUGUAGGUAGGUGAUGCAUAUGGCUCGCGCGGUGACACAAGCUUGUUGCGACGAGUCAUAGAAUGCACAGUCCGCCCAUGGCUCUGCAGCCAUGUUGUUUAUUUCGAAAGAGCUGCUGUUCGCCAAUUGCAUAGUCGAUGGCUCUGUCACGAUCUGUUACUUACUUACUUGUAUGUUCGGCUUUCUUUCGAUUUUCCGUGGUGCCUGCGGUAGGUACUGUUGUGGGCGAAUUUUGCAGGCGGGUGCUUUUUCUUUUCUUUGUGCGUGGCGUUGACACUGACGUUUGAUGGUGGUUUCCUGCAGGCGCUUUUUUCUUUUUUCCGAGGUGUUUGUCGUGGCCUACGGUAUCAUUUUUUCGUGUCUUUUCCUUCCUUCCUUUCUUUCGUCAAAAAUGCGCCUCCAAGGAGGCGCGUCAGCGCCAUCGGUCCCUAGUUGUCCGGUAUCUUGAAACCAUGUGCUCUGUACAAAUCCCUGUCACGAUUUUCUAUUGACUGAAAAUGUCCGCGGUGGUGUCUGCUGUGGUAAAAUGUCUGCGAUGAAUACACAUUGCUUUACAAUACCUUUGUUUCAAUAGUUUGUUUGAAUAAUAAGGUCAUGCCCUAGUUUCGUAUCACAUCAAGCCAAUUAAUAUCACAAGCGCACGCAUUUAGCUCGUAACAUACCAUGAUUGAUGACACUUCAAAUAACACUGCAUGGAUCGACAGAAUUGCGUGCAUUAACAGUAUGUGUAGUGACCCCUAUUCCAGUACGUAUAGCAGCUCGGAACCGAUUGAAAUCAUUGGCAGCCAUGGCCCGGCCGGGAGCGGUACUGCUGCUGCUCCUGGUGACGUCAGCGGCCGCGGUCCGGUACCGCUGGCUGGACCCGGUGUCCCUUCCCACUCCGGCUGUACAGAUACUCUCUGCUGAAUCGGAGAUCGACUGCGGUCUCUUUUGCGAGGGAGCUACUCCUGAAGAGUGUACCGGCUUCAUCUACGGGCCCGAUGACGGCGCGUGCCGGCUGUUCUCUGGCGACUGCCGCGGUCCGGCCGUCGUCAGCUCUCAGCUGAACACCGAACGCUACAUGGCUCGCUACACAUGCCCUGGCAGCGUAUCCGAUCCCUGCGCCUGUCCGGCCGGCUUCAGCCGCUGCGCCGGCCGCUGUCUGAAGCGACUGGACCUGGCAGUCACCUACGGCGAAGCGGAGAGUCAGUGCGCCGCGCUGGGUGCCCACCUGGCCGUGCCCCGUUCUGACGAGGAGAACCAGUGCGCCAUAGACGCCGCAGGAACAUCUUACGCCUGGCUGGGGUUUAAUGACGCUGUCACUGAAAACCAAUUCGUGGCUGACGACGGCUGUGACAACGUGCCUGGUGACAGCCCGUUUUGGGCGGAAGGCCAACCUAACAACUACCUCAAUCAAAGUCACGGAGCUCUGGUGCCUGUGCCGACCUCCGGCACGCCUGAAGCGGGCUGGCACGACGUAGCGCCUUCUAGUCUCUACAGACCUCUCUGUCAGCUGGCCUACUGCUAUAAUAGCAACUGCCCCUGAAGGAAUUGUCACUCUUCACCUGAGCCCGCGACCGCCUGAGGAGGGAGGGGCAGAACCGACCCCCUCGUUUCUUUCUCGCAAAACUUAUUAACCGUUUGAGGUUGCAACGUGCAACUUGGUAUACCUUCUCCAAAGUUCUAAGUCAAUUUGACGUGUGGUGUGUUGUGAAAGUUUUGUGCAAUAAAAGGUACUUGAGACAUA